AGCGCCGCUGCGCGGUCACGUGCGGGCUGGGCGGGUUUACGCCCCAUCCCGUUCCCGAUCCCCAUCCCGAUCCCGUUCCCGAUCCCCAUCCCGAUCCCGAUCCCCAUCCCGAUCCCGUUCCCGAUCCCCAUCCCCAUCCCCAUCCCGAUCCCGUUCCCGAUCCCGAUCCCCAUCCCGUUCCCGAUCCCCAUCCCGAUCCCCAUCCCGAUCCCGUUCCCGAUCCCCAUCCCCAUCCCCAUCCCGAUCCCGUUCCCGUUCCCGUUCCCGAUCCCGAUCCCCAUCCCGAUCCCGAUCCCCAUCCCGAUCCCCAUCCCGAUCCCGUUCCGCGGGGCUUCUGCCCUGCCCGGCUCGGUCCCGCCCGCGGACUGUGCUCAGGGUGGCUCUCGUUCUCUGUGCUGCGGUGGUGGGAGGCUCCUCGCUCCUCUAGACACGGUUUUACUCUAAUCACCGAUUCCGUCUCCCGAAGCCCCUUCCCCUGAGCCCGGCCCCUUCGGGCGCAGCCACGGGUGAGCUCUCUUGUGCGGCUCCUGGCCUGGAGACCCCGACACCCCCGCGCAGGAUUCCUGGAGGGAUGACCAUACUAAAAUUCAGCGAUGUACUUCAGUUACUUAUCUCUGACAUGACAAGAGCAAGGCAGUCAAAGUAAGAUGUAAAAAUUCAAAAAUCUGCCAAGGAGAACUUUCUGCCUGAUGUCACUAUGUCAUGGCUGACCAACUGCACGAAACCAAAGCAUUAAAACUAAUAAACGAGUCCAAAAUAAAAUAAGUCUGAGCAAAGAGGCAAAGCUGGCCAGACUGGAAGUCCUGGGCAUUGCACUGUGAAUAUAAUCUUGCACCUGCUGAGGAGCUUUGCAUGGGGAUGCAAUUGUAACACAGGACUUCACCCAUGUUCUCUAAAGGUAAGCUCAAAAGUGUCAAGAAGCAGAUUUUAAUGAGAAUGAAACCAGGAAGUUUCCCAUUUCAUCAAUGCCCACUUUCAUUUAUAGGACAAUAAAUUGCUUAAACUCAGGUGUUGUACCUGAGAGACCUUUAGGAGUUACCACACCUAGGAAAUGCCCAGCAGUUGUGCCUCCUGUAUGAGCAGUACUGUGUGGAGCAGUAUCUUCAGUAGACACAUGGGUUAAGGACAGGGAGUCUUAUUUCCAGUUACAAUAAUAUAAUGCUUUUUAAAGCACAUAGCAGCAACAUAAGCAUGUUUUAAUAUUUAAUGUUAUGUACCCCAUAUUCUAAAAUACUCUUUGUGGAAGCCUAUGCAAAAAGAAACAUGGAAUUAUGAGUCAGAAACUGUAUAGUGUCACUCAGAGUAAGAGCCCAUGGUAUACACUUAUUUAAAUCUAAUCCAUUACAUUUUUGCCAUUGUCUUUCUUCCCUAGCCUAAUUAAUUACCUACCUCUCUGCUUUUACUCCAAAACACUUGGUUAAUAAAGGACAAACAAGCUUAGUUUUGUUAAGCAAAGAAAACAUCCUUUUCUUUAUGCUGGGUUACAUAAAAUUCAACAUAAUCUCUUUAGGGAAUGAGAAAAUAACAAUUUCUGGGAGUCAAGCAUGGAUAUAUGGAGGCCGGCAGAUAACUGUGUGAAUGUUAAAAUGCAUUCAAAAUGCAGCUCUCUGACAGCAGUGAAAAAAAAAAAAAUCACAUCAUAUCCCCUAAAUUACCUCAGAGCUGUUUGCAUAAAGGGUCCAGAGGCAGUACAGUAUAAGUACAGGGAUGUGAGCCAUGCAGAGAGCACACAGCAACGCUUCUGCUGGACACUCCGUGUGCCUGCAGCAGCAAAAGGGCAACUCUGAAGCUCAGGUACACAAACAGCUUUAAAGGACUUGGCAGAUGCAGCAAGCAAAAAUCUGAAACUACAAAUAAGGUAAUUUAUCAAAUAAUCUCCUUUUUAGCAGACUACCUUUCUGUCUAAAGAUUGCUCUGAGUUAAAUUGCCUAUGUGAUGUUCUUAGGGCUGUUACUCAAGGAUUUCAUCAGAACUGAUAAAAACCUGCCAAUAAGAAAGGUAAUGAACUCGUUUUCUUUUUGGAAAAUUUGUAGGAUUUCAUAAAACUGUGCAUUUCUUUCACGUUCUGAAGAUACAAUUAAGCUAAAUCACUGCUAUAUAGUAUUAAAGAUGUAUUCCAUUCUAUUUAAGGAACUGUGCUUACCGUAAAAUAAAUCCCUAAGCAUGUCAGGAAUUCAGUGCUAGCUAGAAGAAAUAGAAAAACACUUGGUAUCUGGGCAAGAGGCAAUAGGGGAUACUAUUAUUAUUAUUAUUAUUGUUAUUAUUAUUAUUAUUAUUGUUAUUAUGUCUCUGAAAAAAUACAAGGUACUUCCCUCAUUUCUUUCCAUGAAAGAAAUCUCCCUGCCCCACAUAGCACAGGUGUCCCUCUUAGCCUGACAAAUACCCAGGCACAUGGCUACUUUAAAUUAUAGAAAACUAGCAAAAACCUAGUGGAUUAUUUAGGUUUGGCUUUAACUAAAGGUGGAAUGGAAGUGCUGCUAAUCUCAGUAUCAUUUUAAAAUGAACCCUUAGCAAAGGGAAUUGCCUGGUGAAGGCAGCAGAUAUAGAUGUCUGUACCUUGUACGUACAGAGUUCAAGGGGGAAAUUAUGUUUGCCUCUUGGCAGAAGGCAGAGUAAAAUGACUGUUUUUGAGAAUUGCCUAUGCCUCAGGAAGUUCAUAUCAUAUUUAUUCUGCCAGAAAAAUUAACAACUACCUGGUUUUAAUUACAAAGAAUUUAGAUGCUUUGGAGGAUAAAAAACAAACGGAGAUGCUAAUAACACAAAGGAGGAAAGACCCUAAGAGACUUCAAUCCCUGCAGAAGUUUUUUCAGUGUUUUUCAGUGUCUGGAAAUACUGCUGUUAUUGCUAGAUUUGCUUGCUCCAUCCUCCUCCCCUGUUGUUCUCUGUCCAAUGGAAGUUGCAGGAACCUCUGUCCCACAAUGCCAUCUACCCAGCUGCCACUGCUACUCCUCUGUUUGACCUUGUGUGGUGUUUGCUUCAAUGGGGGACAUCUCCUUCCAGAGAAGAGUAAGAACAUGGGAAAAAGUCCCCUGGAUGACAUCCUUCAGAGAUCUGAAAGCUUCAUUCUUCAGUCUGUCCUCAAGAAAGCUGAAAAGGAAGAAGAGAUUAAUAAAGAACCAAAUGCCCCUCUGCCACAAUGGUUUUCCAAAAGACAACACCCUGGGAAAAAGUACCUAAGUAACCUGGAGAAGAGACAACAUCCUGGAAAAAGAGAUGUUGAGGAAGAGACCUCUUAUGGAGACAUUCAGAAGAGGCAGCAUCCAGGAAAAAGAGAGAUGGAAGAUGACCCUGAUGUUUAUUUGGAGCUGAAAAGGCAACAGCCUCCCAGACGAAAGCCACUGUUGGAUCAGUUUGCCAACAGCCCUAGGGCACAGCCAACCUACACGAACAAGUUAUCCAAAAGAGAACAUCCAGGCAGAAGAUACCCGAUAUACAAACACCAGCGUCCUAGCAAAAGAGGCUGGAAUUACGAGGUAGACCUAUACAGUGAGAAACUCCAGCAUCCUGGAAAAAGGCACUGGAAUUCUGGCAGCUCAGGUGACACAGGCCCCUGCAACUUUCAGGAGUCAUUCACCUGUCAUAAAGGCAGCUUGUUGCUUGAUUUAGUAGAAGAUGUUAGCAGAGACAGGGUAGAAGAAAAGCGUCAGCACCCCGGAAAGAGAUCAGCAUGGGAGAGUGAAACAGAGGAAUGAAAAAAUAAUUGUGUAGCACUUGCAUUUGGUGAAGUAAACUGCCAGAUCAUCAAAACAUUCUGUUCACUGUUUUUUGGCUUCCUGUUGCUGACUUCUGUACCUACCUUUCAGCGUUAAUGUACCCAUCCAAGUUAAUGGCUUUGUCACACACUUAAAGCAAAAGAACUAAAGGACCCAUCUGAAUGGAACAGUCGAGUACUGAGAAUCUUCAGUUCCCCUACUUUAGGCAGAGUGCUUAUCUUCUUAGGAGCCCAGACCCCAGAAAAAUCCAACUAUGUAUUCCUAAAUGACUAAAACAGGCUCUUGAAUUUCUGUUCUGAUGCUACUGAAGUAGAAUAAUUAUAUGGUUUCCUCUCACAUCAGUGAAAUCAGUAAAUAGUGAGGGAGAAAAAAGAACAUAUGGCAAUUGUUUGAAAAUUAAAUAGAGCAGGUUUUCAGUUCUAAAUGAUAACUUUCUGGACACUGAGUCCUUGUACACUACAUUCUGUCCAGACAGUAAGCACUUAAGAGAGACAGGAACAGUUUCAACUGGAAUAAAAUAAAUGAAUGACUUCAUAGUUUGACUUGGAAUCAGCACAGGAAAGCCCUUUUCACCUAAGAGGCUACAGAGUGCAAACCGUUAAUGCAUCCCUAAACAUCUCAAGCACACAUUGUGACCCCCCUGACUGUGUACAGCCCACACUAGAACUCCCUCCCUUGUGCUUCCACACUUCAGAAACCAUGCCCUCUCCUCAGACAUUUAAUAAUAAAGCAAGAAGAGAUCCUUUCCUUCCAGUGAGGAUUUCUGAUUUCUCUCCUCUCAAAGGAAUGCUUUUACUUUCUGUGGUCAGACUUCCAAAAGUGCUUAUUUAACAUGAAUUAUUCUUCAAUAAACAUGAAUAGUCAACUCUGGUGUCCUUAUUGGUUGUGCAAAUACACUGCAAUAACAUGAAGAACAUACAACCAACUCAAGCUACAUAAAGUAACACCAAAGAGUAUUUUUCUACAAACAAUCUCCUUGCAUGCUGGUGGUCAGCACAUGCUUGUACUUAAAACCAUUUCAGUACUGAAGUGGAAGAAAGAUAGACUCCCUUUUAAAACCUUUCACCUGUAUGACACACAAAAUUAUGCAUCUGGGCUACACUCACAUUAAUCUUGUCACCCACUUCACAGAGAACUUGACGAGAAGGUGAUUUCCUGUUUGUGGAUCUAAACAAUAGAUUUACUGAUUUUUGCAAUUGAUAUACAGUUACUGAGCACACUGGGUUACUCAUAUCACUUUUGCAUUCAAAGAGGUUACAGCACAUCAAUGUUUGGCUAGAAUGUUAUUUUUAUGAACAAAUGAGUAUAUUUUCCAUCAGCAUUCAUCCUCAAUACUAUCAAGACACAUUAGCUGACUUAGAACUCCUACUCAGUUACAGAAGUCAGUUUUACAGAAGUCAGCUUUACAGAAGUCAGUUUUGCUACCCUGAAGGAAAAUAAAUAAUCACCUCACAAGUUUCACUGAAGUUAGAUUCUCACAGGCUGAUCAACACUUAAAAUGGUCUAUCAAACAAUUUCUAACUUUGGAGAUAAUAUGCUGCUCAGUAUGCGACAAUAGACAUCUUGUAUUGACAGAGGGUUUCUAAUAAACAAGUGCUGAAGAAAUCUUUAGAGAAGAUAGGUGGGGACAUUCCAUAUACUUCAACUUCCUUCAGCACACUUUCUAUAUAUGAUGCUUUUUAAAAUAUUUCGUUUGCAUUUUAUCGGGGAAAGAAAAACUGAUUUCUCUGAAGAAUACCAUUUCAUAUACCAUUUCUGGCAGUGAAUUAAUGCUUCUUAAACCUUAGAGAAUACCACUUGUUAUGAAGUCUGCAAAAUAAG